UCUGACGGGUGGAGGGAUCUGGGGUUGCUCACGCUUGGCCUCACAAGGCUGCCUUGCUCCCUGGCUGUUUCCCCAGGAUUCUUUUCAGAGUAGAUUCACCAGGAUGAGCAUUCUGGUCCCAGCCAGACUCCUGGAACUGGCGGUUCAGAGCCUGCUGAGGAACGAGGCCUUGGCCAUCGCCGCUUUGGAGGAGCUGCCCAGGGAGCUCUUCCCACCGCUGUUCACGGCAGCCUUCCUCGGGAGACAUAGCAAUGUCCUGAGGGCGAUGGUGCAGGCCUGGCCCUUCCCCUGCCUCCCUCUGGGGGCCCUGAUGAGGGAACAGCUGUCGCAUCAGGAAACCUUCAAAGCGGUACUCGAUGGACUUGAUGACCUGCUUGCCCAGGAGGUUUGCACCAGGAGAGGGAAACUGCAAGUGCUGGAUUUGCAGAAGAAUGCCAGUCAGGAUUUCUGGGUUGUGUGGUCUGGAUUCAAAGCCAAUAUUUACUCCCUUUUUGAGUCAGACGUGGACCCACCCCUGAUAAAGAGGCCGAGAGUGGAGGGCUCAGGGCCCGGGCCAGAGCAGCCCUUGGAUCCUGUGCAGGUGUUUGUAGACCUUUGGCUCAAGGACAGCAGCCCUGAUGAGGCCCUCACCUACCUCAUUAAGAAAGUCCGGGGGAGCAGAGGCUUGCUAAACCUGUGCUGCAGGAAGCUGAAGAUUUUUGGGAUGCCAAUACAGAAUGUUCAGAAAAUCCUGAGAUUGGUGCAGCUCGACUCCAUCCAGGAGUUCGAGGUGAACAGCACCUGGAGGCUGACCACCCUGGGGAAGUUUGCUCCUCAGCUGGGCAAGAUGGGCGGCUUGCGCAGGCUGUUUGUCUACCACAUCCACUCGUCCCCCCGCACCUCCCAGGCCGUGGAGGAGCGGUGCGUCAGCCUGUUCAGCUCUCAGCUCCUCAAUCUGCACCACCUCAGGGGGUUCUAUGUGGACUCUGUCUCCUUCCUCAAAGACCGCCUGGUCCAAGUGCUCAGGUGCCUCAAGACCCCUUUGGACUCCCUGUCAUUUACCAACUGCUUGCUUUCGGAAUCAGACCUGAUGCAUCUGGCCCAGGGUCUGAACGUCACUAAGCUGAAGGCCCUGAGUCUCAGCGGGGUCAGCCUUACCAAUGUAAGUUCGGAGCCCCUCCGGGUUCUGCUAGAGAGAGCCUCUGACACCCUCCAGGACCUGGACUUGGAAGAGUGUGGAAUCGUGGAUGCCCAGUUCACCGCCAUGCUGCCUGCCCUGAGCUGCUGCUCCCAGCUUGUGACCUUCAGCCUCUGUGGCAACCGCCUCUCCAUGGCCUCCCUGGAAGACCUGUUGCACCAUACCAUCGGGCUGAGCAAGCUGAGCCGUAUGCUGUAUCCUGCCCCCCUGGAGAGCUAUGAGGAUGUUCGCGGCACCCUCCACUUGGGCGUACUUGCCCAGCUGCAUGCCAGGCUGAGGCAGUUGCUGGAGGAGUUGGGGUUGCCCAGUAUCGUCUGGUUCAGUGCCAGCCCCUGUCCUCACUGCGGUGACAGGACCUUCUAUGAUCCAGAGCCCAUUCUGUGCCCCUGUAGCAUGCCUGACUAGCUGCAUGCAUGUAUUAUAGGCUUUGUUCUGGGCCCUUGGACACAAGCCCAGACAUAAGUGCAUGUCUAAGGGACACAGGAGCCCAUUUCCCACAUCUACUCAAUGUGAGCAGGAAAAGGGAAUGUGUUUUACAGGAUGGGAUGUUAACUUGGGAGUUGAUUGACUCUUUGAGGAGAUGCAUUCCGUAGAGUUAGAAAUAGGAAUCUGGAUUUCUAAAGGGAAAUUCUGGCUUUGGAGGUAGAUUUGGGAGUUGUCCGGGUGUGCAUGGUUGUAAAGAAAUGUUCAGAAUUA